AUGAGCUUUAAAAACUAUUGUCCAUUUAAUUACCCAGAAGAACGGAACAUAAGUGGAAUAGACUACCGAUUCAAUUUGAAAAAAAAGUUAGUUAGAUUUAGGAAUCAUAUAUUUAGAAGAUUAGAAGUAGACAACUUAAAUGACGAUUUAAAUAAAAUUGAAAAUAGAAGAAGCUUAUUAAGUAAUUAUGAUCAUCAAGGAAAAAAAAAAUGGUACAUGAAUUUUCAACCGUUAGGUAAUAUACCUAUAGACCAAUAUUGGAAAUAUGAUAAAGUUACUUUAAAAGAUAUAUUAGGAUCAAAUAUUAAUACAUCAAAAAGUAACCAAAAUUUAGGAUUAAAAAAAAGUAAAAAAUAUCUUAAACGCAUUAGCAAACGCGUAUUAAGAGGUUAUCCCCAUGAAGCCUUAAUAAAAAAUGCAUUCAAAUGGGCAACAUAUGAUUAUAAUUCUGAUGAAUGUUGGAUAAAUUCUUUCAAUAAUAAUUUAAAUUCAUCCUUUUUAAACUUAACUAAUCUUGCAAUAAAAGAUUCUGAGAAAUUGUUAAAAUGGAAAUUAAAGUACUCGGAUAAUUUAAUAAAAUUUCAAAAAUUAAAAGCCCAAGAAACUGAAAAAAAAUCAAAAAUUCAUAAUACCACGUUGGGAAUGGAAAAAAAAAAGUUCCAGAAAUUCUAA